CCCCAGCUGAUGCAGAGAACCGGUUGUCGUGUUGUUUACUUCGCCUCGUGGCUUCCAAUAACGCAGCCUGACAUUUCACACUGGUGAACGAUUACAUCUUACGCGUUCGCGUAAUUUCACAGACUGAUCGAGACCGAUUCUGUAAGAUGGAAACGAGAUUCUGUCGGUGAUUUAUCUCCUCGACGAUCGGGAUCAGGUUAUGUUCGCCAUCGUCGUCGGCUGGUCGACGGCAUCAUCGAGGAUAUUCAAGAGUGCACGCAUUUUACCGGCUCGCGAAAGCUCACGCGAUGAGAACUGGGGGUAUGUUGGAUGGACGCGAGUUCGGCAAACGCAUUCGUCGUCUCCUGGACGGCAAUUACUCCUACCGUAAGAUCUUGCUGAUUGUCCUGGUUUGCGGUGGCUUGCUAUUGUACUUCGGUCCAUCCUUCGCGCAGUGGCUCUUCUCCACCGCUAGGGAACCCAUAGAAGCAUUUGAGGAUCAUUGCAUAAAUGAGAGGUUGGCCAGUUUUUAUUUUGAUGCUAUUGAAUAUAAUGCAAAUAUUCUGCACAAUCCACCUAAGAAGAAUGAAUAUUCUUAUCUGCCAUAUAUUGGUAAUGGUAUCUUUGGAGUCCCCAUUUCUCCAGAAGGCUGGCUGUAUAUUAAACACGGAAGAGCUCUUUUACUGCCUGUACAGUGGCAACCAUUGAUCUCACAUCCUAUACCUAAGGAUAGCUCCUAUCGAGAAGCUACUAUUGUUCACUUUACAAAUGGAAUUGUUUAUAAAUAUCAGUGCCUUAGAGAGGGGUACCACGUAGACUUUCAAUAUUACGCUCAUAGAGGACUUGAGGGGAUUUUAGUGCAGUCUAUAAAACUUUCCAAUCCAUUUCUACUUUCUCAAGAGAUUUCAUUGAAACCACAGGAAUCCACUCAUUGGAGUAAUUCUCAUAUAGAACCCAUCAAGAUUCAGGUAGAUGGGCUUAAUCAUGAGUAUAGUCUCAUAUCUGGAUUUAUAUCAGUACCCAAUUCUAACAAGAUAAUUGUCAUAUCGAUAAUUUACAAAGUUCCACCUAAAACAGUUCAAGUGAAAGCGCUCAGUUCCGUUAAAUUGGAAUUUUUAUCAAGCAUUCAAUACAGUGAACCGAUCUCGUCCGAACAGUAUCAUGUGGAACGCGAUGCCACCAAGAAGAAGGCGAUUGAUUUAAUGAAAAAGGCGAUCGCACGCCAGCAACGAAACCUGAGAGAGGAGCACGUGAAUCUCUGGCAAAGUUAUUGGUAUACAAGCCUGAGGAUAAGCGAUUCCAAAGCUGAUGGUGCCAUUAAUGGCCACAAAAUUAAUUCUACUAUGUAUUAUGUGCUAUCUCAAAUACCGCGAAGUGCUCAAGAUGUGGAAAAAAAUGUUGCUAUGAACGAGGGCUGUUAUCGAGGUCAUCACACCUUAGACGCUCCUCGUUUGUGGAAAGAUACAUCGUCUAUCAAAGCAGUGAAUGAAAUAGUCGAGGCAUGGUUGAUUACAUUAGAGAAACAAGGCUGCCAUCAUUUAGUGACUGGUGGUCCUGCGGCUGUACAGCAAGCAAUCGUGCUGAGUCUCGGUAGUUUAAGAUUCAGUAAUCAACAUCUUGAAUUUAAUAUCGAUCCACAGUAUCUUCAUCGCGACUACUUGUUUAGGCGUAUAAGUUAUGGAAAUUUAACGCAUGUUAAUAUAUCCGUAACAGUUGGAGAGGAUAAUCGUGCAAUAUUAGGAGUAGCUUUAGACAAGAGUGAUAGUGUUUAUUUUGGGUGUGACGCUGGCUGUUUGGAUGCACCUGUGCCUCUCAGCCAGAUCUAUACAAACUUUCCCGUCAAGUUAACGAAACCAUUAACCGCAAUACUUUACAUAACAUCUGAUCACCAGCAUAUGCAGGAUCUUCGCAAUGCUCUGCAUGUGCACGAAGUAGACGACGCACCAGCGCAUGAUCAUCAAGUGAUGGCCUUGCAUAAACAUGGACAUCAACUUGGAGGCUUGCCCACUUUAUUCUGGGUGCAAAUUACGAGUGAAGCAAGUGCAGCUCACAAGCGCAGCAGCCAGCCAACCAGCAUCAUGGAGGCAACAAUACAUUUCGAGACUUUCAAGUAUUGACGUAACAUGCCUUUUUUAAAGAAAAGUGGGUUCAUUGAAGUGCGAUGCAAGCAAUAUAGAGUUUAAUGAAGGCAAUCGUAGGCGCAAGACACGAAAUUGCGCCAUUUUCGUCAGCUUUUCACAAGUUGUGAGCGUUAGACUUUCCUAAUGAGAAUCUAUAAUGAACAUCGUGAAACUUCCAUUGCAAUCAAUGAGUUCUCUUUCGUCAUC